AUGAAGUUAUUCAAUCUCUUCGCUAUCGUUUUGGCAAGCAACACAGUCAAUUGCCAAAACAAGGACAGUAGUCUCACUAUCAAAACAGCUACUGGCUCCUUCACCGGGAUCAUUGAUCCCAGCUUUCCCCGCACUCGACAAUGGCGAUCCAUCCCUUUUGCUGAACCGCCUGUUUCGUCUCUUCGCUGGCUUCCGCCGCAAAAGCUACCGCCAGAUUCGAAGCAACAUAGAUACUCUGCCAAAUUCCCACCGUCAUGUCCCCAAUUUGUGUCUGGCGUUGAGUCGUACUGGAACUCACCGUUGACAAGAGGCAAUCUCAUCUACAACGGGGCUCAAAAUGAUACAUCUGGUCUUGUUGGUGAAGCUACGUCCGAGGACUGCCUUUACCUAGCCAUCUGGAGUCCGAAAAGCGAGCCACCUGAAGGAGGAUUUCCCGUUGCAUUCUUCAUGACUGGUGGUGGGUUUGUUCAGGGUGGUGUCGAUCUCCCCUGGCAGAACCCAGAAUCUUGGGUCGAGCGAUCUCAAUUGCACAUCGUCGUCAGUAUCAACUAUCGUGUUGACAUUUUCGGCUUUCCCAAUGCUCGCGGGCUCGUCGACGGCGAGCAGAAUCUGGGAAUUCUCGACCAACGCGCUGCUCUUGAGUGGGUUCACGAGAACAUAGCUGCCUUUGGGGGCAAUCCUGAGCGCAUCACCCAGUGGGGAAGGUCGGCAGGCGGCAUGAGCGCCGAUAUACACUCAUUUGCUUGGUACGAAGAUCCCAUCGCUCAGGCAUAUUAUGCCGAGUCUGGCGUCGCGUUAAACAUCGACGGCGCACUCGAACCACUAAAUGAUUUGACAUAUUCCAACUUCAGCUUCGUCGCCCGACAUGUUGGAUGCGGCGCUCCUUGUGGAGAUAGUUGUGAAGAUGAAGAUGGGCUGGCAGAGCUCGACUGCAUGCGUCAGGUUUCCAUGGCUCAGAUUGUGAACUUUGUUGGUCAAUACGGUGAUAAAGGGGAAACUCCACCAUUGACCUUCAGUCUGAUGUUCGACGAACGAGUAAUAUUCUCAGAUUAUCAUGCGCGAGCAGAAGCAGGCAAGAUUGCACGCCGACCCGUUAUGCUAUCCAUGACGUCGAAUGAGUACUCAAGUUUGAUGCCCUGGCCACCAAAGAACCUCACAGAAGGGCCGGACCAAGAUGUUGUCAACUCGGCGACGAUUCCGUUCUCCGUAUGUUCGUUAUUGAACACAACAACCUACAGAAAUAAGCUGGAUAUACCUGUGUUCAGGUUUCAGUACGCAGCAGAGUUUCCAAACUUGAACACAUAUCCAUGGCUUGGGGCUUACCAUAACUCCGAAACACCUCUGUUGUUCGGAACGUAUGGGCUUUUGGAUCAUAUUGCGAAUACGACUCAGUAUGAAGUCGACGUAAGUCGUUCAAUGCAAGAUCAUGUUCUUGCAUUCUUCGAGGAUCCGUACAAUGGACCGCAGAAGUUGGAAUGGGAACCUAUGGUCACUAGCGAGAAGGAUGGUGGAUUUAUGUUACGAUUCGGGGGCUCUAGUGGGAAGGUAGUGGAGGGAAUUCGUGGAGUCGAUGUUGAUGGAGUCUGCUCAGGAGUUGGUGAAUAUGAGCCAUUUCCAUGA